AUGUCCAAGGAAUCGCAUCCAACCUCACCUCGCAAACGGGACAAGAUCUUCAACUUUUUUAGGUCGUCCAGGUCAGGGUCCAAGGUCAAGCAGUCCCAAAGCACCAAGGCGACUCUUCCUCACCUCUCAACUGUCAGCGCCGAGUACAGUGCCGACAUCGACCAUAAGAUCUCCAGCACUGCCAACACCGAGGAUGCAGUCUCCAGCAGUUCUGGCAUCGAACAUGCAGUCUCCACCACCGCGGUUAAGAGUCCUGUCUCCUAUGUCCAGCCAUCAACUCUGCCAGUCGAACCUCACGUGGCCGUCUUUUCGCAGAAUGUGAGCCCACCUAUGGUUCUCAUCACCCUGCCCGAGUUUGGUUCUCGCAUCAAUACUACUCCCCAACUUUCCUUGUGCAUUGGCUUGCUACCAAAGGGCAAUGAUCCCAUCCAACAGGAAGAGAAUUCCUCUCAGGUCUUGUCUUCUGACACUGCUGCCGAACUUGCCUGGAUCAAGUCCAUGAAGCAGGACCCCGUUGAGCAGGAACGUCUCCGCUGGCUAGGAGCUAGCAUGGUGGAUGAGUUCGCAAAGGACGCUUCCAAGGACUCGACCGAGAUUGCGGAGAUGGUGCUUAUUGGACCAGUGCUCGACAACGAGCAUUUUCGCAGGUUGCUGUCGUGCGCCAUCACGGCAUUCGACCAGGCUGUGCUUUUGGAUGUCGAUUUGCUUCAAGGUCUGGUGCAACUGGUUCAGUCUGCUCCCUCCGAGGCUCUGCUCCCUGACGACCUGGUAAAGAUUCUCCGAGUCCUCAGAGUUCGUCUGCAGGACACCCACCAGCAAUCGUCAGUGCAUCCUUUCCAUCUCACGUUGGCUGUCUCGAGGUUGCUCGAUAUAAUGGCGGAGCACAAGGUCAAGGACUUGAAUCGAGUCGAGGAGCACGAACCUCUGUCUGGGGUGUUGUCGGGUUUGAGGGCCAGCUCAGAUCCCUACUUGAUGUACCAGGCAUGCUAUGCGUUCCAAGCGCUCCAGUAUGUUCCCAAUAACGAGUCGCCGCUGCAAGCUGUUCUCCGACAUUCUACUGGGGUUGUGGAUGGGCUCGUCAAGGUCUCGGCCGUGUUUAAGCUGGAUCUGGGAGCAGUUCUCGAGGGACUCGGCAAGCUGCAGGACGCCCUUGGUGGCGUCGUUGAGGUUGCUAGUAGUGUCUACAAUGGUGCUUGUUCGCUGAUGGAUAGUGGCCGAGGCGUUCUUGAGAGUCUGAAAGAGGGACUCGGGUCUGGUCAGAAGCGUCCUUGGUACACUGCCAUCCGCGCCGCCUACGCCUUUGCUCAAGCUGGUCAACUCAAGGAUCUCAACGUGCUCAUCUAUGAGGCACCCUGUCGCCGUGACCCUUUGUUCCAAUGGGGUGUCUGCCAGCUGCUGGGCGAGAUCGCAUCCGACACUAUCUGGGAUACCAACGUCCGCCUGCACGCCGUCGAUCUUCUUGGAGAGCUGUACAGGAACGACUCAAAGUGGGGCCAGGAUGUGAGCGUCAGUACCUGGAUGCUGAACAUCAUCCGCCAACUCGGAGCUACUGCUGACCAGGCCGUCAGUACCAGUGCUCUCGCUCUGUUGAAUCACCUCACCCAGGACCAAGACACCUCCACACGUCUUCCUUACCCGCUCAGGAGCCGUCUUCCUCUGCCUACAUCGUCUCCGACACUCGCUCGCAUUCAAAAGAUCCCUCCUAUCGAAUAUGAUCUCCACAAGCACAAAGUCGUCAGAUUGGAACAGAGUCGUCUGUCACUUUACAUCCAGCCAUUUGCCAAAGCCAGCCUGAGGGCCAAGGACAACGAUACCUUUCCUCUCCUGGAGAAAGUACUAGAGUUCCUAGCAAGCGAGCGUCAAGUGAUGUUGAUACUAGGUGAUUCUGGGUCCGGGAAAUCGAUAUUCAAUCGCCAUCUCGAGCAUCGACUCUGGACCGACUAUAAGCAGGGUGGACCCAUCCCAUUGUUCAUCAACCUUCCCGCCAUCGACCGCCCCGACCAGGACCUAAUCGCCAAGCAGUUGAAAGUCAACAACUUUAGCGAAGAUCAGAUCCAAGAGAUGAAGUUGCACCACCAGAUCAUCCUCAUCUGCGACGGUUACGAUGAGAGUCAGCAGUUGGUCAAUCUGCACCGGACCAACAUGUUGAACCGGCCAGGCCAAUGGAACACCAAGAUGGUCAUCAGCUGCCGCACCCAGUUCCUCGGGCCCACCUACCUCGACCGCUUCAAACCGCAGCCGACAGAUCGCUACGCCUCUGGCUCAGAGGAUCUAUUCCAGGAGGCCGUCAUUGCCCCCUUCUCCAAGGAUCAGAUCAAGAACUAUGUCGAGCUAUAUGCGCAUGGUCCACAAACGGCACUGUUAUUCAGGAAUCAGGCUAUAUGGUCGGUAAAAGAGUACAUGGACAAGUUGACAAUGAUCCCCAAUGUCAAGGACCUCGUCAAGAACCCGUUCCUCCUCACCCUUGCUCUCAAGGCUCUGCCUCGCCUGGUUGCCUCGAAUGAAGACCUGUCAAACAUUCGUGUCACCCGAGUCGUACUCUAUGACAUGUUUGUCGACCAGUGGUUGGAGUCGAAUCGACUCCGCCUACACUCGAACACACUGAGCAAGGAAGAACAGACGGCAUUCAACUCGCUGGUGGACGACGACUUUAUUGGAUGUGGGAUCAACUACCUGCUGCGUCUGUCUGAGGCAAUCUUUCAGGAGCAAGGUGGAAACCCGGUCAUCCAAUACGUUCAUCGACACGACAGAGACUCCUGGAAGGCGGCGUUCUUUGGUACCGACCCUGAAGUCACGCUGCUGCGUGAUGCCAGCCCAUUGAUGCGCACCGGCAACCAAUACCGCUUUCUCCAUCGUUCCAUGCUAGAGUAUUUUCUCUCACGCGUCAUCUACAACCGGGCCAAGGUUGGCGAGCAGGACUUUGACUCGCCAACGGAGACUGCAUACCCAGUCUCUCUCGCCCGCGACACCAACGGCCCUUUGUACCAGAGAAACUUGCUUGAGGAGCCGUCGAUUAUCCAGUUCCUGUGCGACCGCGUCAAUCAGGAUCCUACCUUCGGACAACAACUCCGCGCUAUCAUCGACCAAUCCAAAACCGAUUCCAGUGUCACCACCGCUGCCACCAACGCCAUCACGAUCCUGGUCAGUGCCGGUGUUGCCUUCCACAGUGCAGAUCUUCGCGGCGUCAAGAUCCCUGGCGCCGACCUUUCCGACGGACAGUUCGAUUCUGCACAGUUCCAAGGAGCCAACCUGAAGGGCGUCGAUCUUUCAAGGAGUUGGUUGCGGCAAGCGGAUUUGAGCCAUGCGGAGCUGGAGGGCGUUCGGUUCGGAGAGCUGCCAUACCUCAUGGAGGAGGGUUCUGUAUAUGCUUGUGCCUACUCGCCGGACGGAAGGUUGUUUGGAGCGGCGUUAUUUUUUGCUAAAAACGUUGGUAUCGUGAUUUACGACACCUCUACAUGGCAGCGAAUUCAUCGAAUCACAGGCACCGAGAACAUUCUAUCUGUUGCGUUCUCGCCUGACAGCCGACGAAUCGUAUCUGGAGACUUGAAGGGAAUGGUUCGGUUGUGGGAUUGUACAAGCGGCGAGGAGUUGUUAGCUAUGGAGGGGCACGCUAUUCCUGUAUACUCAUUGGAGUACUCACCUUGCGGCAAUCGUAUCGCCGCGGUCAGCGGCUGCACGAUACGACUGUGGGAUUCGUUGACCGGAGAGUGCGUCUUUGUUUUGGAAGGCCAUACUGACAGCGUUAGGAGCGUCAGAUUUUCCCCAGAUGGCCAGCAGCUUGUAUCAGGUAGCUGGGAUGGGACGAUUCGGUUUUGGAACUCAGGGACAGGAGAACCGGUGUCCGUCUUGAGUCUUACGUGUGGGAGAGUGGAAUGCCUUGCCAUUUCUCCAGGCGGCCGAUGGAUCGCUUCCGGUCACGAUGGCGGCAAUGUGCGGUUGUGGGAUAUGGUCUCCGGUAGCCCAGGUCUUGUCCUGCAAGGCCGCGCCGAGUGUGUUGGGGGAAUCGCAUUCUCUCCGAACGGCCAAUUCAUCGCUACUGCCAUGGACCGCAGGGUGAUGUUGUGGGACGCAUCGACAGGAGACCUUAUUUCCACAUUUGACGGUCAUUCGAAAUCUGUAACGGGCGUCACUUUCUCUCCGGACGAUCUUAUCAUUGCAUCGGGAUCUAACGACCAGACGUUGCGACUAUGGGAGGCGAGCUCUGGUCCCUCCAGAAUUGCGACACAAAAUCAGAUCGGUGAUGUUAAGAUGGCAUAUUCUUCCGAUGGCCUAUCUUUCCUCUCUAUCGAUGGCCUAGGUGCUGUCCGACAAGGGGAUGCUACGACUGGAGCUCGCGGAUCAGUGUCGUUUGAGUUUCAGAACUUGGAGUCGUUCUCCAUCCUGGAGUUUUCAACGGACGGCAAUCGGAUAGCAACCGGAUUCGCGGAUGGUUCAGUGCAAUCGUGGGAUCGCAUCACCGGCGCAGCAGGACCGGUCUUGGAGGGACAUUCGAGCGCGGUGAGGAUUGUUGCUUGUUCACCCUGUGGUUGCUGGAUGGCCUCUUCCGACGUAGAUAGCACUCUACGAUUGUGGGACAUCCAUGAUACGGAGCAGCGGUACGUUCUUGAUGGCACGGGUGCAGGCGAUGACAGCAGGAUUGAAGGCUUGAAGUUCUCACCAAAUGGACAUCAACUUGCGGUCUGCUCAAAGGACGGAAUAGUCAGGCUUUUCGAUCCACAAACAAGAGUCCUCUUGACGUCCAGGAAGCUGAGGGAGGGGCGGCUCCUAGUAUUGGAGUAUUCGCCAAAUGGUCAGCAACUUGCUUUAGGCACAAAGAAUUCGAUUGCCUUGUGGGACCUGCAGUCGGAUGAACCCAGUUUGGAAUUGAGCGCGGCUGGCAGUUCGGAGGAUGCCUUUUCUAGCACCGUGGCCGUCGCCUACUCGCCAUGCGGUCAGUUUCUGGCGUCCGCCCACGAGAGCUUCAUUGUGCAUCUCUGGCACCGACAUCUGACCAAAGGGAACGUCGAGAGCUGGUCUUAUGUAGUUGCGCUUCGUGUGUUUUCUGCGUAUAUCAUAGGCCUGUCUUGGAAUCCAGUUGUCCCUGCGGAGUUCAUCACAGCCAGCGAAGACGGGUCUGUCCGAGUAUGGCGAGUGUCGAGCGACAAUGGAACCAUGGUCGUCAAGAUGCUUUGGGGCACCAACCUUAAGAGGCUUUGCACUCCAGGUGUGGUUCUCGAUGAGGCGAUUGGUCUGAGCCCGAUACACCGAAAGUUGUUGGCCCAGCGCAUUUCCUUCGCUCAGGGUAGAUUGUUGACAUAA